ACCCCUUGGAAGAGAAUGGCCCAUGUAGGGGAAUGUAACUGGACACCCUGGCUCCCUGUCCUGGUGGUGUCCCUGAUGUGCUUGGCCAAAGCGGAAUACUCAAACUGUGGCGAGAAUGAGUACUAUAAUCAGACCACGGGGCUGUGCCACGAUUGUCCCCAGUGCGGGCCAGGGGAGGAGCCCUACAUGUCCUGCGGCUAUGGCACCAAAGAUGAGGACUACGGAUGUGUCCCCUGCCCAGCGGAGAAGUUUUCCAAAGGAGGCUACCAGAUAUGCAGACGUCACAAAGACUGUGAGGGCUUCUUCCGUGCCACGGUUCUGACGCCAGGGGACAUGGAAAAUGAUGCUGAGUGUGGGCCUUGCCUCCCUGGCUACUACAUGCUGGAGCACAGGCCCAGGAACAUCUACGGCAUGGUCUGCUACUCCUGCCUCCUGGCACCCCCCAACACCAAGGAAUGUAUGGGAGCCACUUUGGGAGUCUCUGCCCACUUGCGUGGCACAGCUGGCAGCAGCACCACAUCUCCUGCCCAGCACGCCCAGAAAGAGCUCUCAGGCCAAGGACACCUUGCCACUGCCCUGAUCAUCGCGAUGUCCACUAUCUUCAUCAUGGCCAUUGCCAUUGUCCUCAUCAUCAUGUUCUACAUCAUGAAGACCAAGCCUUCUGCCCCAGCCUGCUGCACCAGCCACCCAGGGAAGAGCGUGGAAGCCCAAGUGAGCAAAGACGAGGAGAAGAAAGAGGCCCCAGAUGCUGUGGUGAUCUUUUCCGAGAAGGAUGAAUUCGAGAAGCUGACAGCAACACCAGCAAAGCCCACCAAGAGUGAGAAUGACGCCUCAUCUGAGAACGAGCAGCUGCUGAGCCGCAGUGUGGACAGUGACGAGGAGCCUGCCCCUGACAAGCAGGCCUCCCCAGAGCUGUGCCUGCUAUCACUGGUCCACUUGGCAAGGGAGAAGUCCGCUGCCAGCAACAAGUCAGCUGGGAUCCAGAGUCGGAGGAAGAAGAUACUGGAUGUGUAUGCCAACGUGUGCGGAGUCGUGGAAGGUCUCAGCCCCACUGAGCUGCCUUUUGACUGCCUGGAGAAGACAAGCCGAAUGCUCAGCUCCACCUACAACUCCGAGAAGGCUGUGGUAAAAACGUGGCGCCACCUUGCUGAAAGCUUUGGACUGAAGAGGGAUGAGAUUGGGGGCAUGACAGACGGCAUGCAGCUCUUUGACCGCAUCAGCACUGCAGGCUACAGCAUCCCUGAGCUGCUCACAAAACUGGUGCAAAUUGAGCGGCUGGAUGCCGUGGAGUCCUUAUGUGCAGACAUCCUGGAGUGGGCUGGGGCAGUGCCACCCGCCUCCCAGCCACCUGUGGCUUCCUGAGGACCAAGACCGUGGCCUGUCCUCCC